CAGAUGGACCAUACCUCCAAAUUAUAGAACAACCUAAACAGAGAGGCUUUCGUUUCCGCUACGGGUGUGAGGGACCAUCGCACGGUGGCUUGCCUGGAGCCUCAAGUGAGAAGAACAGGAAAUCCUUCCCACAAGUCAAGAUAUGCAACUAUCAGGGACCAGCAAAGAUCGUCAUUCAGCUCGUGACCCAUUCCAAAGAGGUGCACCUGCAUGCACACAGCCUGGUUGGAAAGCAGUGUGACAAAGGCAUAUGUGUGGCUGACCUGCAACCCAAAGAUACAAGCAUCAGUUUUCCAAACCUGGGUAUUCUUCAUGUCACUAAAAAGAACGUUACCAAGACCUUGGAGGACAGAAUGACUGAGGCGUACAGAUUGGGCUACAACUUCGGCGUCUCGAUUCACCCAGAAAUAAAUUCUUUACAAACCGAGGGGCGAGUACCAAGAGAACUCACAGAUCACCAGAGAUGCCUCAUCGCUAAUGCUGCCAUCAGUCAGGCCAAGGACAUGGAUCUCAGUGUGGUUCAGCUGAUGUUCACAGCAUUCCUACCUGACAGUGAUGGUGGAUACACGAGGCGACUGGACCCCGUCAUUUCAGAUCCAAUUUUUGACAGCAAAGCCCCAAAUGCCUCUAAUUUAAAGAUUGUGAGGAUGGACCGCACAGCUGGCUGUGUUACUGGGGGUGAAGAGGUCUAUUUGCUUUGUGAUAAGGUUCAGAAAGAUGACAUCCAAGUUCGGUUCUAUGAGGAGGAUGAAACAGGAGGAUACUGGGAAACGUUUGGAGAUUUUUCUCCAACAGACGUGCACAGACAGUUUGCUAUAGUCUUUAAGACUCCAAAAUACCGGGACCUCAACUUGCAAAAACCAACCUCUGUGUUUGUCCAGCUGAAAAGAAAGUCUGACAAUGAGACAAGUGAACCAAAGCCCUUCACUUACCAUCCACAGGUUAUAGAUAAAGAGGAGGUCCAGAGGAAGCGUCAGAAGACACUGCCCAGCUUUCCGGAUUAUGGUGCUGGAUCUGGUGGAGGGGGAGGAGGGAUGUACGGUGGGGCAGGAGGGGCUCCUGGAACAGGAGGGGCUGGAUUUAAUUACCAAGGAUACUCAAACUAUAAUCAUUUUGGAAGCCGCUAUCCAUAUUCUGGUGGUCCCAGCAGCUCUGGUGCUGGAAUGAAACAUG